CACUGUUGCUGAUGAAGAGAACAUUUUGUGCAUCCUGAGUGUAGCAAUACAGUAUCCUGUUUGGUGGUAAAGGCAUUCAGAUGUUGAAGCUUUGUCUCCAUCUCUUCCUUAACAUUUAUAAUAGCGUUUUGUAUUUUCACUUCCUUUUUUGUUAUUCUCCUUUUGGGGCUGAACAACUGGGGUACAAAAUGCACCUCGGACUGCAAUUGAUUGUUUUAUAAGGCAUCUAAACAGAGAUUGCCUUGUUAUGUCCAGAACACACAAAUGCUCACAGGCUAAUAGUGCUUACGCUUCUUCAACCCUCUUUGACUGUAACCUGAUCUUACAAGAGGAAAACCCCAUUAUUAGAACUGAUGUCGACGCAGACAGGGAAGGAGUCCUCUACAAUACAAAUGAUGGUACUGUAAGUCACCCAGCUUAAGCUUUCUAUCAGCUUCUUGUACUGUAAGUGUUAGGAAGCAAAGUUAAGUGAUCAAACAAAGACAGAAAUGGCAUGAGAGCCACUGGCAAAGUGGUUUUAAUGCUGUUUAAUAACAACAAAACCUGUCCUGGGCUGUUGCUGUUUCAUUCUGCUCUUCUCUUGGUCCAAGCUUUUGAAUGAAAAUAAACCUUUGCUCUAGGAUUUUUAUAGUGUGCUGGUUGUACACUGAUGUAAUCUGCAGUUUUAUUGGCUAGGUUCCUGCAGGUCUAACACUGAAUGAAUGUGUGACAAGCCGCAUAUAAAGGAGGACUUUCUAAGGAGAAGGAUUAUAGAAAUGAAAUAGAAUGUUAUGAAUAAAUAUGUCCAAGGUCUUUUGAUAGCUCUGUCACUAGGAAUAUUGUUUGACACGGUACUGUACGUUUUGACCUUACCCUCUGAUAAUGCAACAAGCAUUAGAAGCUGUGCAAGGCUGUUUUAUCUUUCAUUUGGGAAGUCAGAUAAGAUCCAUUACACCAUAUCCGUUACAGUAAAAAACAACUUGGCUUUACAGCAGUAAUGAGACCUUUUCCCCCAUUCAAUUGUAACAUAAAUGUUUAUAAGGUAUAUAGAAUAUUUCAAUAACUUUAUAUGGUUUUAUUUAAAAUGCAUAGAUAAUGCACUAUUAGGUAAGUGUUCUCAUAUUCUCUAUGUUCAUGUUCUUUCUUAUUUUAUAAUAGGUUUGGUUCCCAUGAAAUCAAGUAUUAUCAACACACGUUUGCUUGAACUGGAAACGUUAUUGCAGACUAAGUAUAAUCUAGAGCUCAUCUUUGUUGUAGUAAUAUAAAUGUAAGCCAUAAAGACAAGUAACGGAAAUGUGAUGUAGUUCAUUGAGUACAUCCUGGACUUUAAGCUGCAGUUUACCGAUAACGACUUGUGUCCUCAGCUCUUAGUUGCCAUUCAGUGCUGUAGACACACACUUCACUGAAUCAGACUGGCGUCUGAGCUGGCAGCCAUGCUUUGAUGGGCUUUUUUUCGGAUACAUUUUUUCCUCAAAACAUGAAGCAAUUAUUUAUUCUUUCAGCAUUGUUGGUCAUCGUGCUAACUUGUCCUGAUGGAGACUUCUCCUGCACAUCUGGAGAUUGUGUUUCUGCCCAACUCAUCUGUGAUUUCAAGGAGGAUUGUAAAGAUGGCUCAGAUGAGGAGUAUUGUGGUUCAUGUGACUUUGAGAGUCACACCUGUGGUUGGAAUGACACCAGUGGUGACUCCUAUAGAUGGGAACGCCAGAUAGCAAAUGUCACCUCAAUUCCUGGAGCAGACCAUACGACAGGAAGCCCGUUGGGACAUGUCAUGCACAUAGAAGGUAAACAAGGUGGUUUCUCAUUAAUGGCAAACUUGGAAUAUGCUGUUGACAAACUGGCAGCUCUUGGAUGUCAGAUGAGCUUUUGGUACCAUGUUUAUGAUGAAUCGUCACUAAUAUCAUCAAACUUAAAAGUAAAAAUGAUCAGAGGCAAAACUGAGAAGGAUUUGUUGGAGAUCAAAACUAAGACGCAUGGAUGGGAGAACGCCACAGUCUUCAUUGGUAAUCAGCCGGGAGGAUACAAGAUGCUGUUUUUAUACAGCCCUUCUGUAUUUGGAGGCACAGACGUUAUGCUGGAUGACAUCAGCUUUGAGUACUGUGGAGACAGUGAUGUCCCUCCUGGAUCAGACCACCUCUCCUGCGACUUUGAGGAGCACACGUGUUCGUGGUACCAUGACUACACGUCCAGCCUGUUGUGGAAAAGGACUAAUGAGAGAUUUAGUCAUGGUCCAGCUGGGAAUGGCUACUACAUGAUCAUUGAAGCUAGUAGCAACCUCAACAUAUCCUCCACAGCCAGACUCCUCAGCUUCCCUCAGCCUGCAGAUCAGGUCAUGUGUGUGAGCUUCAGGUAUCACAUAUUUGGCAACAGCAUUGGGUCACUGAAGUUUAUUGCGAAGCGUUCUGGUGAACCAGAGACACUGGUGUGGAUGAGAAGUGGCACGCAGGGAAACAAGUGGCGAUUUGCUGAUCUUACAUUCCACAGUGACAAACCCAUACAGUUUAUUCUGGAAGCUGUAGUGGGUGGUGAGCAGGGCAACAUAGUCAUCGAUGACAUAUCGGUGACCAGCAGUGAGACUGGCUCCUGUCCUCCUGAGCGUGAGUGCACCUUCCAGGGCUCUCUCUGUGGUCUGCUUCCCCAAACAUCUGCAGACUUCAGCUGGAGCCGGAUCACGGGAACGUCACAACCAGCCAACUCUUCAGGCCCAGCCGCCGAUCACACACUCGGGACAGAGCAAGGUUUUUACCUGAGUGCCCAGUUGUGGAAUCACCCAGUGGGCUCCAGAGGUGCGAUGGUGACAUCAGUGAUGAAGCCGACCCCUCAUGAUGGAGAAUGCCUCAUGUUCUGGUACUACAUGGAAGGAAGUGAAGUAGGUGAACUCAGUGUUUACCUUCAAACCCAGGACACCUACAGAAACCGCAUCCAGCUGUGGAGCAGAAGGGGAGACCAGGGGACGCAUUGGAGACAUGGAAGAGUAACGCUUUUCAGCCCUGACACCCCGUAUCAGGUGAUUUUUGAGGCAGUAGUUGGGGCUGGACCACGGAGAGAUGUCUGCAUUGAUGACCUCAUUGUGCUGAACGGGGCCUGUCCUGCGCCAGGUUUCUGUGACUUUGAGAUGGGCUUUUGUGACUGGGUGAACAGUCCUCCAGCUGAGUCUGGAGUCGACUGGGACUGGCUCUCAGGCGACAGUAAAGUUGAUUUUGUCCCACGAAGUGACCAUACUACAGGCACCUCUUUAGGCCACUUUGCGUUCUUCAGUCGCGUUAACCCUAAUAGCGAUGUAAUUGCCCAACUGGAAAGUGAGACGAUGGAGGCUGUAGACACAGCUUGCCUGGAAAUGUGGCACAUGGCUCAUGGCUGGUCAGCUGGCCCUACAUACAUAACACUGACAGUGUUUGUGAAUGAGACCACAGGACUGCGUUCUGUGUGGAACACAAAUGGAUACGCAAAUAGGACAUGGAUUAGAGACAGGGUGGAUUACAGUUCAACAGGUCCUCACCAGAUUAUACUACAAGCCAGUACUCAAGUGGGUUUAAGAUACAAGGAUGGCAGCUUUGCUCUGGAUGAUGUUCAUAUCAUCAGGAACAAGUCUUGUCAGGACAUGGUCCCAACUACUACACAACCCCCCACCACCACCACCACUGCCCCUCCCUCUGCCAUGGACUGCAGCUUUGAGCAAGGUCUAUGUGGUUGGGUCCAGGAAGACAGUGAUGAUUUGGACUGGACUCUCAGUAGUGGACAUCAGGCUGAGGAGCCAUGGGAUGGCCCUGAGUAUGAUCAUACUAUGGAAAAUGACAAAGGCAUGUUUUUGGUUCUAAAUGGAUCUGCAUCCACGAGUAGACAGAGGGCCAUCAUCUCUGUUCCUGUCACCAAUCAGACAUUCCCUGUCUGUGUUGGCUUUUGGUAUUAUAUGCUCGGGCCUUCGGUCUCCAACCUGGAUCUGUUGGUUCAGACAGAAAACUCUGAACUGUUAGUCUGGACUCGCAGGGGAACACAGAAUCCAGAGUGGAUGAAUGCACACGUAACCAUCAACAUGAGCAAUACAAUACAGAUGAUGUUCACUGGUUACAGAAACACAACCAGCCAAGGUUUCAUCGCUGUUGAUGACAUCACCGUGAGAGACGGGGUCUGUGGUGUUCAGGAUGUGUGUGGGUUUGAAUCCAGCUUGUGUGCCUUUGAGAACGAUGUUAGUCACUUGGGUCGUUGGAUUCACAAAAUGGGAACAGAUCGUCAUGUGGAUCACACCUAUGGAACAGAAAACGGUUUUUACAUGACUGUGCUGAAUUCUACGACUUCUACGACUCAAGUAGCUCAACUGCUCACUCCAGAGCUUCAGUCAGGUGCAGAGAUGUGUGUUCGCUUCUGGUACUGGCUACCUGAAGGUCACUUUAACAACCUUAGCGUCCACGUUGUGCGACAUGAGGAGGAGAGUGAAGCCCUUUGGGAACGAUCUGGAGCGCCCUCUACACACUGGGAGGUGGCAGAGGUCACGGUUUCGUCCGCCGCUAAAUUUCAUGUGGCGUUUAAGGCAUACAACGUGCCAGCCAUGAAUGCUACGGUGAAAAUCGAUGAUGUUUCCGUGAGGGAUGGGGCCUGCAGUCCUCCAGGCAGCUGUGACUUUGAGUCAGGACAGUGCAGCUGGCUCAACAUCCGCAGAGGAAAUGAACAUGACUGGGUGCUAGCCGGUGGCGGCUUUGGGGGUCCACCUACAGACCACACUACUCAGACCCCACAGGGCUUGUUCCUGUUGAGCUCUGCACUGCACCAAACCCACAGCAGUCUGACUCAGGUUGUGUCAGAAUGGAUCCAACUGAAAGACACCACCUCCUGUCUCACCUUAUGGUACCAUAUGGACAGCAGUGACUCGGGGACUCUGCGAGUUUACAUGCGUUCAGGGCCGUCAGACGAGGAUCUGAUGUUCAGUAGCAACAGCAGUGGGAGCACCUGGAGCAGGUUCUCACAGACAGUAGUCAGCAGCAAACCUUUUCAGCUGCUGAUCAAAGCAGAGAUGAACAACAGGGGAUUUAUUGCCGUUGAUGACAUCAGUCUCACACCAGGCCGUUGUAAAGUGAACGUAACACGUUUGGAAUUUGUGGGUUGCUCAUUUGAAAACGGCACGUGUGGCUGGGAGGAGGUCAGCAUGGGCCAGUUUGACUGGGUGAGAGGAAGAAACGGAUCCGAGAGCAGCGGGCCCUCUGUGGACCACACACUGGGCUCUGGACUGGGUUGGUACAUGGCAGUGGAACCUGACCAAGGAGGCCACAUGAGCCCUGCUGCCCUGCAGAGUCCCUCCAUGAGGCAGGCCAGCACCACCUGCACACUACACUUCUACUACAACAUGUAUGGAGAGGACACAAAGGAGCUGAAUGUGCUGCUGAAGGAAGACUCCAGGACCACCCCACUGUGGUGGCUAUCUGGUAACCAUGACAAUGUGUGGCAUCACGGUGAGGUGACGGUUGGUCGCGUCUCCCAGGACUUUGUCGUCCUGUUCGAAGCCUCUAGGACCUUUAACAAGCCUGGACACGUUGCCAUUGAUGACAUAGAUUUUACCAACUGCACAUUUCCUGUGGCCCAGCCACUGUGUCCACAGGAUACAUUCACAUGCAGCAAUAAAGUGUGUGUUGAGGACACUAGAGUGUGUGACUUCAGCGAUGACUGUGGGGAUUGGUCCGAUGAGAAUAACUGUGAGCAACUUGAUGCGCUGGAGCGCUGCAGCUUUGAACAAGGACUGUGCUCCUGGGCAGAGAGUGAUGUGGACACACCUGGAGCAGACUGGAUACCUCAUAAAGGACAGGACGCCUGGCCCAACCAUGGGCCUCCCCGGGAUCACACCCUUAAUUCUGCUGCAGGUCACUAUGUGAUCCCGGUGACCAACAAGGGUCAGUCAACAGAGAUGCUCUCCAGAACACUACUAGCCAGCUCUAACUGCACUGUGAGAUUCUUCUACUUCAGCCGGGACGACGCUGCAGCCCGACUGACAGCCCGGUCCAGGACGCGACGGUCAGGUGGCGACGACAGACUGCUAUGGAUGAGGGAAAACUCCCAGAGCUACAGCUGGCAGAGAGCAGAGGUCACGUUCUCCUCGUCAUGUAGCAGUAAGGUGGUCUUCAGGUACGAGCAUGGGGAAGGUCAGCGAGGGCUUGUUGCCCUGGACGACGUCUCCUUCACCAAAGAGUGUCUGUUUGAUCAUGACAACAGUGAACUACCUGACACGACGCCUACUUCCUCUCCACCUACUACACCAGUAAACCCCUGUCAGGAGAAUCAGUUUUUUUGUUGGCGGUCGAAUGGUACGGUGUGUAUUACGGCUGCUUUACACUGCGAUUAUCAUCCAGACUGUCCCGGUGGAGAGGACGAGGAAGGCUGUGGUGCUUGCACAUUUGAGAGUGACCAGUGUCACUGGGCCGACACCAGUGAUGGACACAUCAAGUGGCACCGACAGAAGGCCAGUAACGACACUGAUCCGCCCACUGAUCACACGACGGCGACAGGCUACUACAUGAGAGUGAAUUUCAGCCAGUGGUCGACACAGAAUGAGGCCCGACUCCAGAGUCCCUCGCUGCCCCCUUCUUCCCCCUACUGCCAGAUUCUGUUUCACUUCCACAUCAGAGAAGAGAGUGCUGGGUCACUCAGAGUGCUUAUGCAGCAAGCUGAGGGGAGUGAAGCAAUCCUGUGGUCACAGAGUCACAGCACCGUCUCCCACUGGACUGCAACGUAUCUGCCACUGGGUCCGCACCCGCAGCCUUACAGGGUUUGGUUCAUUAGCACAAGUAGAAAACCUCCAGGUAGCACAACCCAUGGAGAUGAUGUUGUUGCUGUGGAUGACAUCUCUUUUCUAAACUGUGAAGCCUCCUACCAACCACCAGCUCUGUCUGCCUCUGACUGCUCUUUUGAAGAUGGUUUGUGUGUUUGGGUGCAGGGGGGUGAGGAUGAGUUAGACUGGCUUAUCUGGUCCGGUCCCACAGAAUCCCCAAAUACUGGACCAGCAGGAGACCACACUACUGGCAAAGGAAAAUACAUUUACAUAAAGAGCUCUCCUCCCAGCGUGAAGGGGAAUAUGGCCCUGUUGAAGUCGUCACUGCUGCCACCUGCUGGAGAGAAAGGAUACUGCCUCAGGUUUUGGUACCAUAUGUUCGGAGCGACCGUGGGCUCGCUGAGGACGUUUCUACUAUCAGUUGAUCCCUUUGAGAAAACUCUGGUGUGGCAAAAAUCAGGAAAUCAGGGGGAUGAAUGGCUGCUGGUGCAGAGCCACGUGACGCUGCAGAGAGUCCACCAAGUGAUUGUGGAGGCCACCGUUGGGGGAGACGCUGGAGACAUAGCCAUCGAUGACAUCUCCCUGAUCGAUGGGCCAUGCCCGGCUUCUGAUUUGUGUGACUUUGAGGAGGGGAGCUGUAACUGGCAGCAGCAGGCCACCGAUGACUUUGACUGGUUCAGACAGUCUGGCUCUGCUGACAAGCCCAACACAGGACCAGAGAGCGACCACACGACUCACACACCCUCUGGCUACUACUACUACCUCCCCUCCUCCUCCGCUGAUCGUGCUGACCAGACAGCCACUAUGUUUUCACCGCUGUACCCAGCAGGCAAAGGAUCGUGCUUGCAGCUCUGGUACCACAUGUACGGCAAAGGCGUGGGGACGCUGAAUGUUUAUCAGCAGAGUGAAAACGGGAAAAAAGCUCUGAUUUUCUCUCAGGCAGGAGAUCAGGGUCGAUUGUGGAGGUUUGCUCAGGCUUCACUUCUGCCCUGGAAUCUGCCUUGCAGAAUCAUGGUGGAAGGAGUGAAGGCCGGCCCCACCGAGGAGGGAGACAUGGCCUUCGAUGACGUAGAGCUGACAGAUGCUCAGUGUCCCCCUUAUGGAUAUUGCGACUUUGAACACAACAUGUGUAGCUGGAGCAACCUGGGUGGAAUUGUGGACCAGGGGGACUGGCUCCGCGGCAGAGGGGGCUCACCUAACCCUAACACCAGGCCCAGUGUUGAUCACACCACCAACUCCACACAAGGUUUCUAUCUGUAUGUGGACAGCUCAGUGGGUGAAUGGGGAGACAUGUCCUUCCUGGUCAGUGAUGUGUUCCAACCAUCCGCCAGAUGGCACUGUCUUAAAUUUUGGUACCACAUGUAUGGCAGCCAUGUGGGGACUCUCAGAGUUUACAUAAAUGACAGACAAAUGCACACUGAUGGUAACGAAGAAGGGAUACUGAAAUGGACUGAGACAGAAAGCAAGGGAGACAGCUGGCAGGAAGCCAGGGUGUCCAUUACACAUACAGAGGCAUUCUGGGUUGUUUUUGUCUAUCAGAGGGGGAUGAACGCAGUAGGGGAUGUUGCUCUAGAUGACAUCACUGUCUUCCCAGGCGAAUGCUACUCCGAGCCCAUCAGCCCUCCUGAUGACUAUCAUGAUGCAUCAACCGUGGGCCUUGUAGUGGGUCUGGCUCUGCUGGCAGGAAUCCUCAUCUCCAUCUUUCUAUUCAUGCUGAACAGGAGGCGCUGUAUCAUGAACCAGCCAACAAUUAUGAAUAAUGAUGCGAUUGACCAGUUUGAUCUCUUUGACUGCAAAAUAGAUGGCAGAAAUCAUGGAACUGAAUCAGAUUUUUCCUUUUUCAACAACCUCUAUGAUCCGUCACCACCAGAGACUGAUGACAUCACUUCGACUGAUGCAUAGUUUACAUUUAGACCUAUAAAUAAACCAUAACAAAGUUAUAAAUUGUUAUUUUAUUUCUACUGUUUUUUGUUAUUUGCUGUUAAGUGGCACAACCAGAAGAACCAGUUUAAUGGAUGAAUAGUUAAAGCCAAAACAUGUGACAGUGUAAUUUAUAUACGUUUGCCUUUGUUUUAAUGUGUAACAAUUGCGAAAUACUGCAUAUUGUGUAUUUAACUAAUGAGCAUUAUCCGUUAUAAUGACAAUUGAUUAUAAAUGACAGAAUCACUCAGACCUAAGACUUCACAAUGUAUACAGAAAUGAUUCUGUAUUUGAUUAGAGUGGAUGAUUUAAGGGCCAGAGUGAGUUAGAGGAAUACAAUUAACAGUCAAGGACAAAUGCCCAGAGUGGAAAAUAGUGAGAACUAAGCUCUCAACCAGCUACCCUCAGUGUGGACCUAUAUAGAUCUAUUAAUAAAUGCUGUGGUGUUAUUGCAUCUAAACUGUAGCUUACUGGGAUUUCGAAGGUGGCCAAGUCAUGUCUUUCUUUGUGUGACGAGUCUUGGACAAACUCACAAUAAACAGUGAAUUGAC